AUGUCUUCUGAUCUUGAUGUUGUAUUUAACAAUCCCAAAUUUGAUGAAGGUUCAUCAUUUGGUGGUUAUAAAUCUAAAACAGAUCCAUUUUCAGCUGACGGUUCGUGGCCUUGGAGCAAGAUAUUCUUUGUUGGUUUGAUGGUUCUGUGUAUCAUUGGUAUUAUUCUUGCUGUUCUCUUUAUAAUUUUUUCAAAAAAAUUUAAUAAAAAUAUACGAACAACAACAACUAGCACAAUUGUAGGAGCAAAAGAAGCCGGAUUCAAAGAUAUAUCAUCAAAUCCAACAUACAAGCCCGUGCCAAAUGUUUAA